GAGAGAGAGAGGGAGGACGGGGUCGGCCAAAGCUGAGCUAGCUCUCUAGUGAGAGAGAGACAGAGAGAGAGGGAUAGAGAGAGAGAGAGAGAGAGAGAGUCUAACAGAUUCUCCACCAAUCUCAAUCUCAAUCUCAAGCUCUCAACUUGUGGAGAAGACAAGUUGAUGAUGGUGAGAAGAAAUUGUUUGCUCUGCAAAUUCGCUUGUGGGUCUUUCUGUGGAAGGCCUCUGGUGGGGUUGGGGCUCUGAAUGGUCAUUGGUCACCUACCAAAUGAUGGAGGAAUUGAAUGCUUUCACCAAUGGCUCACUGGUCUGCAAAUGCACUGAUAAGGGUCUGAAAUGGAGGUUGGAGUUGUCAUUGUGAGGAAAGUAUUUGUUCGUUUGGGCACGGUGAGUUCUUGCAAUGGGGAUAAUCAACAGAGGGGUUUUCUGAUUCCUGUUUUUUCGCUGCUACAGGGAGACCAGAGUGUUACAGUCAGCAAUAAAGAUUAAUGAAACAGAGAAGUGAAAAAGAGACUUAGAUAGUUUGUAAAUUAUAAGGGCUCAAGGAUGAAGUUUGGAGGGGGAUUUUUGCUUCCCCAGGAUGAGGAUUUACGCUUCAUGGAUUCUUGGGUACCGGCGACUCCGGAGAAGCCAAUUCCGUUGAAGCGUCAUCCGAUUCCGAUCCCAGUCAACCCCCUUGGGAACCACCUGCAAGGAGCAAAUUGGCAACAAACUGGAAUUUCAAGGGAGCAUGUACAAAUGGGGGCUAGCUACAAUGACAUGACUCAAACGGUUAGCCCAAAUGGACAACUACAGAGAAAUGGAGGGUAUAAUGGUUAUGAUGGAAGUCUGGCUGAGAAAAAUCAAAUGAUCAAUCACGUUGCGUGCUCUUACAGUACAGGCUCCUUCACACAGUUGCUCCGCCCUGACAACGCAAGUUGGAACAAUAAUCCAAUUACCCAACUGCUGCAUGAUAAGGCAGCUUUUGUUGCCUCUGCAAACAGGAAUCUGAGCAGAAGUGUGGACAUAGCAGUGAACACACCUCUAAUUCCCAAGUUGCAUCCUCAAUUGGGCAACCAAGGAAACAACUCAGGCUGUUCCUUGCUAACCAACCAAAAUUGCAGCAAUGGUUCAUAUUCUUCAAGUUCAGUGAUGAGCAGGUCCUUGGUUAUGGAUUUUCCUUCUCAAGUUGACGCAAGUCAGAGAGAUUCCAACUCAGUUCAUUGGUUAUUUAGCAACCAAAAUCACUGCUCAAGUCCAAACCCAUUGAGCAAUGGUGACAGCUCAUCCUUGAUAUGCCAGGAUGGUUUCCCUGUACAAUUCCUACCAACCUAUGAUCUAAACUCCUCUCCAAGAACAGAAGCAGAUGCUGCCUCAUGUAUUGCCAGCCAACACCCAUUCACAACAGAUCAGGCCAACAAUGUGGAGAACAACGAGCUUUUUGCAAUACUGAAAUCCUUGACAGAUGAAAGUGCUAGCGUGGAAAAGGACAAGGAAGAGAAAUUAGUUAUGUCUAUAGGAGAUGAAGCAAUUCAAAAACAUGGUGACGAACUCUUGCAGAACAUUGUGGAAUCAUCAUCCGCAGCCAUUUCUACACCGUACAAAAAAAACAAAGAUUCUGACUGGGAAGGUGACAGAGGGAUUGAUCUAAACAAGACACCACAGCAGAAACCACCCAAGCGAAGAAAACACAGGCCCAAGGUAAUCAGAGAAGGCAAGCCCAAAAGGACUCCAAAGCCUGCAAUUCCAAAGAAUACAGAAUCUAAGGAGAGCCGGCCAGCAAAGAGGAAAUAUGUAAGAAAGAAUGUCCCAAAGGAAUCCCCAAGUCAAAUGUCAGAUGUUACAAGGGAAACAGCAGACCCUAAUUCUGGAAAAGUUGCAAAAUCAUGCAGGAGAGUUCUAGAUUUUGGUUUGGAAAGCACCGUGGAUGAAAACCAAUGCAACACAGUUGGUCAGCAAGAGGAGUUGCAACAAGGGAACAAGAGAACUAUUGAUUUGACUUUUGAGACUCAAGGGACGCAUAUGGGCACUGGAACUAACCAGGUUUUUAAAACAAAGCCAGCUGAGCCAAUGGGCCUACAGAAUGAAUUGAUGGUAGAAAACCAGAUGCCAGGAACUAUGAGUAACCCUACCCCUUUCAUGAGCCAUAUUUCAAAUAACUAUGCAUUCCUACCAGAAAGGAAACCAUCUGCAGCCCCAUUUGCUACAACAAAAGACAUGCAUAUGAAAAAUUUGAAUGUCACAAGGAGACAUGUAGAAAAUGAUAUUUCAGAUUUAUGCCAGAGAAGAUGUAGAGAUGGAUACAUUCCCAUCCAGCAACAUAGCCAUGCUGAAGGAAUAGACCAAGAUGUCAUUCGAGCAAAAACCAACGGUGAAAACCUUCAGAAGACUAAAGAUUAUAUCAACCAGGGUGGCUCUCAAUCAGUACUAACCACUCUCUCCCUUCCAAGUGAAGGAAGGGGAUCCAAGAGGGAUUACUUCCGUACUAUUGAACACACACAUCUUUCUACCAAUCGUCCACCUAGUUCAUUGUUGUGCCAUGAUAUAUUUCAGUUUAAUGGCCAUCAGAGAAAUAGUUGCACUCUCAGCAAAGAAUUUUCAGAAAGUCAUAAGAAACAGAAAUUUGAGAAUGGAUGUUUGAGUAUCCGUGACAUGCCUAGGAAAUGUACACCAGUUGAGGAGUGUCUGGGAAAAGUUGAAAGAAAGGGGGAAAAUAAUGUCAAAUCAAUUGGAAAAGUGAUAGAGAGACAGAACAAUACCUUAUUGAGUUCUUACAUUGAAAGUAGCAGAAUGAUAGAGAGACAGAACAAAGGAAUCAACAAGUUUACCAGUGACAGGUACACUCACUCCAUUGCUUCUGGGAAUAAUUUUCUGAAUCAGCAGACCUCAUCCAAAUCACAUUCCUGCCAAGGAUUCACUCUAGUGCAUAGCUUUUCUACCCAUUCCACAAUUGAAACAUGUGACCAGCUUACCUCAUCACCUCCCAGAAAAUCCUUUCAACCAGGAAAUGGGCAGGUAUUUCAAACUCGCAAAAAUAAUACGUCAGCAAAGAAGAAGACCUUGGGAUCCAAUAUAUCGAAAUCUGUUUCAUCAGGUACAGAUAAAGUCCAGCAAGAACAGGAUGCCUCAUAUGAUUAUCAGCAACCUUCUGCAAAAGCGAUAGGGUUUCCAGGAAGAACUAGAUGUAGUAUACCAGUAGACGUCAUCAUAAAUCAGUUUAAUGGUCUGAAUCUCAAUGGAAGCUGCAGCAAAUUUCUAAAGCAUGAGCGAAAUGCACUUGUCCCAUACAAGGGAGAUGGUGCAGUUGUUCCCUAUGAGAGGUUUAUUAAGAAACGUAAGCCACUGCCUAAAGUAGAGCUUGACCCAGAAACAAAUAGGAUAUGGAAUCUUUUGAUGGGCAAGGAAGGAAGUGGAGGGAUUGAAGGAAAUCAUAAGGAAAAGGAGAAGUAUUGGGAAGAGGAAAGAAAGGUUUUCCAAGGACGAGUUGAGUCAUUCAUUGCACGCAUGCACCUUGUUCAAGGAGACAGACGUUUUUCAAAAUGGAAAGGAUCAGUUGUUGACUCGGUGAUUGGAGUUUUCCUUACUCAGAAUGUUUCAGACCAUCUAUCAAGCUCUGCCUUCAUGUCUUUGGCAGCGCGAUUUCCACCUAAGUCAAGCAAUGCUGUCACAAACAUAUUGGUUGAAGAACCAGAAGUUCAAAUGAAAAGUCCAGACGAUGCCACCAAAUGGCAUGAAGAAAUAUCAAGUCAACCAAUCUAUAACCAAAUGCCUAUGGCACUCAAUGAAUCUGCAGAAAUUCAGAGAGACAGUGAGACCAUAGGGACGGAAAGGAGCUUAGUGGAGGCACAUAGUCAAUGUUUGGAGGAAGAAUUUGUAUCAUCUCAAGAUUCUUUCGAAUCCUCAGUCACACAAGGCGCUGUAGGAAUCAGAUCAUACUCGGUUUCCAACUCAGAAGCAGAAGAUCCUAUCACUGGGUGCCAAUCCAACAAGAUUCAUAUGUCCAUUUCAACAAAUCAACAGAUGGAGAAAGUGACCAAGUUUCAGGACUUGUACCAUCAAGUAAAUGGAAGUUCAAUAUUAUAUGAUGGAUCCAAGAAUGGGUAUAUAGAAUGUGGACGGCUAAAGACAAGAUCAGACAGAAUCGAUGAUCUCAAUGGCAUUUCUUCGCUCACAAAUCUACUCAAUCUUUACAAUGAAAAGGUUCAAGUACCAGUUGCUCCUUCCAAGAGCAAUCAGUUGCACAUGUACCCAGAUUUUGGAGAACUAGAGCCAUGGAGAUUUGCAAAUUUCAGUGAGGAAAUCAGAUCUUCUUGGCCUUCAACUGCUUCCAGGUUCAAUGGCAAAAAAGACGAAAAGAACAAAAGCAGAAAUGAAGAACUGUCAGGAAGUGUUGUUAAUUCCUCUGUGCAACAGAAUAUUUUGUGGACUUCUCAAGAAACGCCAAUGAUGGACCCAUAUGCAUCGUUCAGACAGCAGUCAACGGACCAGCAAAAUAAUUCUCAACCAAGGUCAAGCAAUGGAUGCAAUCAACCUUCCUACUACAGUCAUCAAUGUGAGGGGAACCAAAACUUCCAAUUAGAAAAAACGUCAGUCAGAGAGCCUGUAAAACAUACCGAACCACUUCUGGGAAAGAAAAGUGGUAGCAUGCAGCAUGUCCAAAAUGUCAAUGAGCUCAAAAAAAAUUCUUGCAGUGUCGUUGAUAGUUUCUCUGUAGUGAAUAAGCAAAUACACAUGGAAAAUCAGUCAGUUGAUUCAAAUUUACAGGAGCAGUUAUAUUCCUAUGGGCAGUCACAUAAUGAGGCAAAUGCAAAUAUUUCUAAAGGAAGAAAAGGAAGGGCUGGGAGUGAUAAAAAGAAUGCAGUUGACUGGGACAUGUUGAGAAAGCAGGCACAGGCCAAUGGUAGGAAAAAGGAAAGAAAUAAAGAAACAAUGGACUCACUGGACUAUGAAGCACUUAUAAAUGCUAAUGUUAAAGAUAUUUCUGAUGCAAUCAAGGAGCGAGGGAUGAACAACAUGCUAGCUGAGCGAAUCCAGGAAUUCCUAAACCGACUGGUUAGAGAACAUGGAAGCAUUGAUCUGGAAUGGUUAAGAGAUGUUCCCCCAGAUAAAGCAAAGGAUUAUCUAUUAAGUAUACGGGGAUUGGGCUUGAAAAGUGUGGAGUGUGUCCGGCUUCUAACGCUUCACCACCUUGCUUUCCCGGUUGACACAAAUGUCGGAAGGAUAGCAGUACGACUGGGAUGGGUCCCUCUCCAACCACUACCCGAAUCUCUUCAGUUACACCUCCUAGAAAUGUACCCAAUGCUGGAGUCAAUUCAAAAGUAUCUAUGGCCAAGAUUAUGCAAACUUGAUCAACUAACCCUCUAUGAGCUGCACUACCAGAUGAUUACAUUUGGAAAGGUUUUCUGCACAAAGAGUAAACCGAACUGCAAUGCAUGUCCAAUGAGAGGAGAAUGCAGACACUUCGCAAGUGCUUUUGCAAGUGCACGACUUGCCCUGCCAGGGCCAGAAGAGAAGAGCAUUGUGAGUUCAAGUGUUUCAGUUGAAGCCGAGAUAAAUCCUACUGUAGCUGUCACUCCCAUGUCAUUGCCUCCACCUGUUUCAAUUGCUGAGAUAAAUCCUACUAUAGCUGUCACUCCCAUGUCACUGCCUCCACCUGAAAACAACUCACUCCAGAAAGCAAGUACUGAAACUAACAAGUGUGAACCAAUCAUUGAAGAACCAGCAACGCCAGAACAAGAGUUCACAGAGCUUUCGCAAAGUGACAUUGAGGACUUAUUCUACGAGGAUCCUGACGAGAUUCCUACCAUCAAACUCAACAUGGAAGAGUUCACAGCGACUUUACAAAAUUAUAUGCAAGAAAAUAUGGAGCUCCAAGAAGGUGACAUGUCCAAGGCCUUAGUUUCCUUGAAUCGAGAAGCUGCUUCUAUCCCUACACCCAAGCUAAAGAAUGUCAGUCGACUCCGGACAGAGCACCAAGUGUAUGAACUGCCAGAUUCACAUCCACUCUUGGAAGGGAUGGACAAACGGGAGCCAGAUGAUCCUAGCCCAUACCUUCUUGCUAUAUGGACACCAGGUGAAACUGCAAAUUCAAUUCAACCACCAGAAAGCAGGUGUGGCUCUCAAGACCAAAACAAAAUGUGCAAUGAGAAGACAUGCUUUUCAUGCAAUAGCAUAAGGGAAGAAAAUGCACAAACAGUCAGAGGGACAAUUUUGAUACCUUGUAGAACAGCAAUGAGAGGGAGCUUUCCACUGAAUGGCACAUACUUUCAAGUUAAUGAGAUGUUCGCAGAUCAUGAUUCUAGUCACAGCCCAAUUGAUGUUCCAAGGGGGUGGAUAUGGAAUUUGCCAAGACGGACCGUAUACUUUGGAACUUCUGUAUCAACAAUUUUCAAGGGUCUAUCGACAGAGGGAAUUCAAUACUGCUUUUGGAGAGGAUAUGUUUGUGUGAGGGGAUUUGACCGGAAAACAAGAGCACCACGACCCUUAAUUGCCAGAUUACACUUUCCUGCAAGUAGGUUGACCAAGACCAAAAAUGAGGAGAAAAGAUAAAAAAAUACCAUGAUGCAGAUCAGAUUUUGAUUAGAAAUACCGAAGAUUACUGACGGUAUGAGAAGAAGAGUGACUAACAAAUUCUAGCACAUUCAAUUCAAUUAUUCUUCCUCUGGCAUGAGAUUCAUUCAUUAUAUGACAGACGGGCAGCAGAAAGCAAUUUUCAUACACAAAAAUGUGAGGUCUCAUGACGAGUUGAUUGGUAGUCUGUACAUAAUUAUAAUCGCUUCUUUCUAUUCUUUCAAUAAAUGCCCAGAAAGGAAUAAUCCUUGUAAAACUGUCAAUGUCAAAUGCUAAGAAUGUUUUGCUUUCAUUCAUUCUAAACAAAUCUUAGAUGUCCCA